UCCCCAUUUCAGUUCCUGACAUGAAAAGGUGGAGAGGGGGAGCGCAUAACCAUCCCCAUCCAUUCGUUCAUGGGUUACAUGACUAUCAAGAGACCACUACAACUCACUGUUCGUCGAUUGUAGCUCCGGUGGUUGGUUGUGGUGGUGGUUCGAGAACUGUGUUCCCGGGAUACUGUUCUUAGUAUCAAAGAGCCUAUCUCCUGGCUUGACAGUUUUUCAUUCUCGAUCCCUUUGGCACUUGAACCAGUGAAGCGAAAGCGAAGAAACUUCAAGUAACAACUAACAAUCUUGAGGGAGAAAGGCAAGCGAUGCAUGGAGAAAUGUGCUCGAAUCAUCGCCUUGUCGAUAUCUGAGCCUUUGAAGAUUUCUCCUUCCAAUGCAAGAUUUGCCUGCCAAAGGUUAACAAGGACACUGGCCUUUUCUCUCAACUCAACAACAUAUCGUGCUUACCAAGCUCACGAAAUCCCCAGAAAAAUCCGCUUCAGAGUUGGUUAUAAAUCUGAGACAUGUUAUUAUUUUGAGAACUCAAUUCCCUAAUGGACUCAAGAGUCAACACGGUCUGGAGAACCUAGUGGUGCCAUCAUAAAGGUGAACUACCCAAAAGGACAAGAAGGCAAAGGACGCUCAGGCGCAGCUCGAGGAUUCAAAUAGACAAGAGUCUACUCAUAUCCAGAUUACUAUGAGCCUUGCCUCACCUCGACAAUCCCACAGCCCUGUUCCAAUGGGAUCCACGUCCCCGCGGACCAUGAGACAAGCCUCCAGUAAGAGGGUCAACACAGUCAGCUUUGCUCCGGGAAGUCCGUCGCUUCGAGUCAGAUUGCAAAGACAAUUCAGUACGAACCGGCCAGAUUCCGGUGGCGAGAGCCGUCACUCUGGUAGUGCGGGCUCACCUCGAACCGUGCGGACAUUUAAAUCGCGCUCGGCGGAUCAGACGUGCUCCUCUGGCCUGCAAAUGGACCAUCAUCACCGAACCAAUUCCUUUCCAAACCGACAAGCCCAGGGGGCCGGACAGUCCUCCGUCGCCAAACGGCCCUCAACCGUGCCAUCGGCGUUCACCAGACCGGUCAGAAUGCGACAGAGACCCAAGCCCCCGCCCUUGAACAUUGGCUCGGCCAUGUGGGACUCAGGGCACACCUCCGAGACGGAUUGCUCGGUAGCUAGUAGUACCAGUCCUCCCCGAAGUUCCUCUACCUGUGAUUCCCAAUCCUCUCCCGGGUCCAUAUCGCCCGCCCGACAACGCGUAUCUCCCAAGCACUCCCCAAAUCGGUCACCCAGAUCGGCCAGCUCACACCCGUCUCAUUAUUUUGCCCUCCCACCGUUAUCUCCCAUUCCUCAUUCUCCGCAGCCCCCUCCUCCAAAUUCUAGUCCUUUACCCCCGAUUGCUCAGAGCCCGUCCGGUCGAUCGAGAUUGUCACCCAAGUCGCCGCGAUCUCCCCGGUCACCUUGUUCGCCCUAUUCGCCCCGUGCCAUGUCUCCGGUUCCACCUCAGUCCCCGGGGAGUUACCGCUCUCCUUCACCUGGACCCACGGGGAAUUUUGCUCGCUUGGCCUCUCGACGACGAUCCCAUGCUGCGUUGCCCUCCAUGAAUAUGCGGCGGCGUACAUCCAAUUUCCUCGAAUUACCGGUGGCCGACUACCAAAUGAGACAAAGACGAUACUGCAGUUUGCCCGAGAAUGGGUAUAACCCUCGAAAUGAGAUCUACAAACUUCGGGCGUUUUCGAUCUCACCGAAAGGAGCUCUUAUCAAGCACGGCGAUCAGUUGGCCUCGAGAAGGUCUCGAUCCUCCGCUGGAUCUACAGCCAACACAUCAAGGACCCCUUCUCGUUGUGGGAGCCCUCAAACCAGUCGACCAGGGAGUCGUGAUGUGUCGCCCCUGCCCCGAUCCCCAGUGGGCACCAAUACGAAUUCUGCCGCGUUCUCGCCCAAAUCCCAAUGGUCCACCAAUGGGUCCUCACAACAGAGCUCCUUUGUGGAAGAUGAACCCAGCAGCUUAAUUGAAGCAGUGCCAGAGGAAGAUGAGGAAGAAGUCGGGGUAGCCGGCCCAGAGACCACUACCAUCAAGUAUCGGGUGGCCAUGCUCGGAGAUAAUGGAACGGGAAAGACGGCCUUGGUUUCACAAUUCCUAACCUCCGAAUAUAUGAACACCUACGACGCGUCGCUUGAUGAAGAGUUUGGAGAACGAUCAGUCAGCGUGGUGCUCGAUGGUGAGGAGUCCGAAAUGGUCUGCAUAGAUCAUACCAAUGGAGAAAUGUCGGUCGAGAAUACUCUGUCGACCUACGAACCUCAUGCGUGCGUUGUGAUUUACUCAGUGGUGGAUGCCGCCAGUUUUGCUACGGCUGAGGACAUUCUUGGUUACUUAUGGAGAAUUGGAUUCUGCGAUAGCCAGAAGGCCACGGUUAUUCUAGUGGGGAACAAGGUGGAUCUAGAGAGAUCAAGGAUUAUCUAUCAAGAUGCGGGGAAAAAAUUGGCCGUGUCCUACGGUGCCAAAUUUAUUGAGACCUCGGUCGGGAUUCAACACAAUGUGGAUGAGCUUCUGGUGGGCAUUCUCAAACAAAUCCGUCUCCAUCAGACCAUGGAUCGUAAAAGAAAGGCCUCCAAGCCCACCUCGAGCCCUCUUCACACUCUACAGGUGGCCAGGGAUAUCCUCUCGAGAGUCUGUAUCAACGCCAAACAGGCCUCUUUCACCAAAUCCUGUGAAAAUCUUCAUGUUCUUUAAAUUCUGACGCAUCCAUUAUCCAAUCUCCGAUUCUACUGUAAAUGGUCCAGCUGAUUCAUUAUGGUGCUGGAAAUGUGACCCAAAUCCGAGAGGCCGAAGUUCCUAGCCUCGACAUUUACGAAUGAUUUGUUGUCCUCGCCCAAGGUCUCGUGGUGUCUGGUGAAAGUCAAUUUUACGGGAUCUGGUGACUUGUUUCAAAUUCCAAGUCACUGAAGUCCGCAUGAGUAUUGAAGGACACGGGAAUUUAUUUGAAAAUCGAUUUUGUUUACACCCUUAGGCUGAACACUUCUGACGUGAGUCUCACGAUAAACAAGGUGAAACGUUUCUGGUCAACAAUCUCUAUGGUCUUUUUUUUCUGGGCAAGUAACCGCUUUAUGAAGUCCUACCCCAAAGGAGGCCUUUUGGCAUUCAUGCAGUUUCCAGGAGAAUGAGGUGACGCUCUGUCACGUGUCAGGUUGUGCACACGCAACAAUAGUCGUCGUCUAAAUAUUGAUACAUGUCAUAUCAAUGGCAGUGUUGAAUGGUGUGCCUAAUGAGUAUUUUUGCUUACAUAUCCGUCGUAAAAAAUGCCAGCCAUGUACGAUUUAUGGAUUGCUACCUUCACAUAUACCCAGUACGCCUCAAUCGUUCAUGUAUUUCCCCCAUGACGAAAUGCAAGAGAAUCCAAAUUGAUCCUUCUUCUAGUCGUGAUAAAUUGAUCAUGCCAUGCAGAUGUGUAUGAAACAUUUUUGAAAUAAAAUUCUCUCUUAAAAAGUU